UGAGCGUAUUUCGGACCGCAGCCCUGAACUGAUCGCACUAGUUCAGAGUUCAUCUUUUUCAUUCCACAUUGAAAGAAAAAAGAUAAACUCUGAACUAGUUUAGUAAGUUCAGUUAAAAAGAACAGACCUUGUGUCUCUGCUCAAUCUUGCAACUCUGGUCACAUGUGCAAAGUGACGCAGAUUUUUUGGAAAGGAUUUGGUGUCCCCACACCAAUUCGUCUUCAAGGAAUAAUUUACAUUUAGACACAGACCGACACAGACUGGCGUAUGGACUAACAGAGUAGGUCUACAUAGCCAUAAUUGCAAAGAAGAAGAAAAACACCAAACCUUGACAAUGGCAAGUUUAUUAUCUGCAAUAUUCAUGCAGAUUCAAGCAAUGGCUCCAGGAAAGCGAUCAUUCUGUGGGAAAAAGAAGAAGUUCAAUGAAUAUUGGUCAAAACCAAAGCAAAAGGAAAAAUUUGACUUUAGAAAUUCCUUCUAUAUUAAAGAACGUAAAACAAAAAACGAAGAGAUUGAAGCUCGAAGACAGAUAUUGGAACAAGAAAAGAUACGUGAGCGACUUGAGGAAGCAGAGAGUUCUGGAGAUGAUGUACUUGAUCCUGAGUUGGCCUGGUUAGCAAUGGCAGGUUAUGAUGAUGGUAGAUUACUGGACAAUCUUAACAAACCAACUAUAACUAGUUCAGAAAGUGAAAGUGAUAAAUUAGAUAUGGACAAAGAGAUAAGACGCAAAAGAAAAAUAAAAGAAAAAGAAGUUAAAAGAUUAAAAGACAGAAAAGGUAACAAAGAGAAGAAUGAAGAAUCUAAAGUGCAGAACAAUGAUGAGUCCUUUCAUAAAGAUAAAGAAAUUAUUAUGAGAAGAAAGAUAGAUGAUGACUUUGAAGAUACAGAGACUGCUGAAGAAAAUACUGAUUAUUUGGAUGAUCCAUUUUUUUUACAUUUGCAUAAUGAUAUGGAUGAUGAAUUACAUAAAGCAGUUUCUACAACACCCCAGAUCACAGAAAAUAUAAUACUAAAAUGGCCUAUGUUUAGAUAUUUGAUGUGUGAAAUUCCAAAACCUGCUAUUGAUCUAAAUAAUAAAUCAAUAAAAAUAAAACAAUUUCUGGAUGAUGAUGAGAAACAAUAUACAAAUUAUGGUAAACCUCCACGUUUAAUCAAACAUGUUGAUUGGAAGAAGUUGCAUAUAAAAUCGCAGAUUCAAAACAAUUUAAUCAAAGCUAAUCACAUUAAUAUAAAAGAUACUAUAGAAAAGAAUUCAACACUUUUAACUCCUCUUCAAAAAGAAUUAUUUUCAGUGAUAAACAAUUAUCAAGAUUUGUAUUAUAACCAAAGAACGUAUUCAAAUGCUAAUCAAAUACUUUUCAUCUAUUGUCUCCAUGCAAUUAAUCACGUAUUGAAAACUAAAAUGAAUAUUCUAUAUCAUAAUAUGAAGUUAGCAAAGUCAAAGCACAGUGGCAUGGGAGAAGUUCCAGAUGAGUACAGAGAUCAAGGUUUAAUGAGGCCAAAAGUUCUCAUAAUAGUACCGUUUAAACAUUCUUGUCUGAAAAUAGUAGAGAUGUUUAUCUCGAUUUUAUUCGGUGAAGACAAAGGCGGCUCCGUCAUCAACAAGCUACGAUUCAUGGAAGAUUUCACCGGAAACGAAUUGAUGAUACCCAAGAGAAACUUUAAACCGCAAGAUUACAAGCAGACUCUGGAAGGUAAUAUUGAUGACAAGUUCAAGAUUGGCAUGGCCAUCACUAAGAAAACCCUGAAGUUAUACACAAAUUUUUAUUCGUCUGAUAUCAUAAUCGGUUCACCGUUAGGUCUCAGAAGAGUGGUGGGUGCAGAAGGUGAAACAGAGAGAGAUUACGAUUUUCUCGCGUCGAUAGAAUUGUUAAUCAUGGAUCAGAUUGACGUAGUUCUUAUGCAAAAUUGGGAUCACUUGCACCAAGUGUUAGACUACAUGCAUCUACAACCCAAAAAGUUUUUCGAUAUCAACUAUUCUCGUCUCAGAAGUUGGUGUGUGAAUGGCUGGACCAAAUACUACAGGCAGACACUUAUUUUCUCCAGUGUCGAGCAACCUCAAAUAAACACGCUGACGAUCAAACAUUGUUUCAACUAUGCCGGCAAGGUGAAAGUGAGAAACGUGAUAGAACCAGGCUCGAUUCGUCAGGUAACUGUCGCGGUUCCGCAAGUGUUCCGCAGAUUUGACUCCUCUGAUCUACUUCAGUCAAUCGACAACAGACUGGACUUCUUCUUAAAAGAGAUAUUGCCGCAGUACACAGACCCGAUAUAUAACCAUACAUUGAUUUAUGUGCCGUGCUACUAUGACUUCCUAUAUCUGCGGAAUCGCCUGAUGAAAGAAAAGCUGAGCUUUGCGCAAAUUUCCGAAUAUACAGAGGAUGCAAAGGUUGCCCGAGCGCGAGACAUGUUCUUCCACAGUGACGCGCACUUUCUUCUCUACACGGAACGUUGCCACUUCUGGCGUAGGACAAGAAUAAAGGGUAUUCGCCACCUUAUAUUCUACCAGUUGCCCACUUAUCCGCAUUUUUAUAGCGAAAUGUGCAACUUGAUGGACAGAAUGUACCAGAAUCCACAUGCCGGCACAUCGUUUAACAUGUCGGUAACCGUCAUUUACAGCAAAUUUGACGUCAUAGCGCUCGCUAAUGUUGUGGGUCACAAACGGGCCGUACAAAUGUUAGAAUCCGACAGCAAAGUACACACCAUCAAUCGAAUGUCUAUUUAAUGCAAUUAAUUAUAUAGGUUACAAUUUCGAUUAAUAUUGAAUGUAAAUAUCUAAUUAAUAUAGAAGCUUUAUUAAUAUCAUACAAAAUUUACACAAAUAUCUAAUAAAAGUUUUCCUUUAUGACACAUUAUACAAAGUCAUAAGAGUAAAAUUACAACAAAUUGCUAUUAUAAUUUUACUUUGUAGUUGCUUUUCUUCUCUUAUAAUACUAAUUACUUAAAAAAAGUCUUGAAUUUUCUAUCAGUAUUUAGUGAGAACUUGAAUGAAUAAAAAGUUUUACGAACCAUUUAUAACUUUACCAUCUAUAUCAUAAAACAAUAUCAUAAAACUUUUGUAUUUAUUUCAUGACAAAGAUUGAAAUAAAUGUAUAUGAGCAAAAUGUAGUAAAUAUGCAGAAAUCACCUUCCGAUCUCAAUAAUGUUGUCAUAUGAAGACCACAAGGGAAGAACUUUGAUAAGUCAAUUUUUCUCGAUUUUCUGUUUUUCAUGUUAUUUGUUAUUUAAAAUGGAGUAUUUUAAUUAUCCAAAGCGAGAAAGGGAAAUUUUUGAUAGAUUCCGAGAUAUAUCAUAGGGAAAGAACUUGAUAAGAUAUUUUUGUAAUUUUAGACGAGAGCGAUUUUAAAGUUCAAAACGUAUAUGUAUUUCUUCUUACACGUUUCAUAAAAAUGUUUAUAUCUCGGAAUCUAUCAAAAAUUUCCCUUUCUCGCUUUGGAUAAUUAAAAUACUUUGGAUAAUUAAAAUACAUUUUAACUUUAUAUGUUAUCAAAGUCGUCAUUUUAAAUAAUGUUGUGAGUUUUAGUCGGUCGGUCGUUGUUAAUUAAAAUGUUUGUUUGUAUAUAAAAAUAUUUUUAACACUAUGUAUUCGAUUUAAUGGUUGGUUUGGCCAAUGACUUUCUGUUUCACAUAUAUUAUAAAGAUCAUUCUCUUAAGUACGUUCCAAAAAGUUUUAGCCGUUGCUCAUUGCUUAUUAAAAAGUUAUGUACAAAAAAGUUUUAUAAAUAAACACAGUUUUUGGCACCGUGUACAUUUGAGAAAUAAAUAUUUUGUAUUAUGCAUUAUUGUACACAUGUGAGCGGAGAAGACGGAGAAGUUCUUCGUACAUUUCCUCUCCGAAAAACUUUACUCGAUCUAUGUUGCUAUUAAUGAUAUCAUUAAUUGUCACAAUGCACAUCGCAUGUCAACGCUACUAUCACAGUAACAUUAUAGAUUGGAUUAAAUUAGGUGUUUUUCGGGGAAAGGUGUUUACACGUAUACGAUAGUGUAUGAUACAAAUGAAAUAUGUAUUUCUCAAAUGUAUAUGAUUUUGGAAAAAAGGGUUUAUUUAUGAAACUUUUUUUGUGUAUAAUUCAAACACUAAAGCCGAGCGGCAGUAACAUGUAUAAAAAAAGUUGUUCAGAAUGAUAUCCUUAACAACAUGUUUCAAGAUAAUUGAAAUCGGUAAGAGAUGGUUCAUUUUCUAAACAAUUAUCCAUCUUUUAUCUGAUAGUCUACACAACCAAAAUCCACUAUCACGCUCAUCUUGUGUGAAUCAUUAGAUAUUAUAUAAUGGUACUUGACUUUCUCCAAUGACAAAUAAUUACAUCCUAGUUUUCAACUUUUUCUGUUUAACCUUUCUCUAUACCUAUGUCAUUUAGCAUAACACUUAUACCCGCGCGCGGUGUCACGACCGACUUUCGUCUAGAGAAUAGUUACCAAUUCACUUAUUCAAAAUAAAACAAAAAUUUAUCAGGAAAUAUAGUUUUAUUUAACAUUUUAAGUCUUUUAUCACAGAUCUUCCAAACAAAUAAACUUUUGUCGGUCUGUGAGACCAAUGUGCAGAUAUAAGUCAAUAACUUUUUAAUUAAAAAUGACCGGUGUCUAAAACGUUCAAAUUAUUCAGGGAUGACUUUGAUAACAUAUGUCAACAUUAAUGAAAUCGGAAGAUAGUUUCUAUUACUACCCAAAACAUAUAUAAAAUUUAUUUUAAUUAUAAUUCUGUUAUUUAUUGUUGGUCACUUUAUUUUUUCUACUAUCGAGAAAAGAAUACUAUCUAAUACUAAACGUUCUAAACUUAUUUUAAUUCGUCUAAACUUUUAUAAUAUAUAUAUUUAUAAUAUAUAUUUAUCUGUCGGAGAAUAAUUCUAAAAUCUCUCUCCCAGCAAACACAGAUAUAUAUUAGCAACAUUGUCGUAAUAAAACAAAUGUAACAAGUAAUAUAACAUGGUCGU